GAGGAGCUCCAAGUCUCCACCCAUCCCGGCCACUCUCGUACGGACCCGACCGUCUACGCCGCCGGCGCCGCCGGCGCUCCAGUCCGCCGCCGGCGCUCCAGUCCGCCGCCCGCUAACUCAGCGCAAACUCCAGUAUCAUCACAAACCCGAGGUAGCAGGCACCAACGAUCAUCUCGCGUCCCGUGCCCCCCUCCCCCUCGCGGAAACCCCCCGCCCCACGUCGCCUGUGCUAGGGUUGCGGCCGUAUUCCUCCGGCUUUUGUUUCCCGGGACACAGGGAAGAUGUCGUCGACGCAGAAGAAGAAGAGCAACUAUAAGGAGAAGAUGGCGCGGCGGAAAGAGGAGAACAAAAAAGAAGAACCAGAGACACCAAGGUACCGAGAUCGAGCGAAGGAGCGUCGUGAAGAUCAAAACCCUGACUAUGAACCUACAGAGCUUGGUUCGUUUCAUGCCGUGGCACCUCCUGGAGCAGAUUUGAGGCUAGAAGAUGCCCAAAAGAUUUCAAUUGAGAAAAGCAAAUACCUUGGAGGCGAUCUGGAGCAUACUCAUUUGGUCAAAGGGUUGGAUUUUGCUCUACUAAACAAAGUACGGAGUGAAAUUGACAAGAAGCCUGAUGCAGAGGAUGGGAAGGAUGCCAAGGCGAGGGAAACAAAAGAAGACCGGGCAGUCUCAUUCCGCACUGCAAUUGCAAAGUCUGUCUACCAGUGGACUGUAAAGCAACAACAAAGCAUGAUAAAGGCGAAUGACAUGUUUCUUCCUGGCCGGAUGGCAUUUAUUUACAAUAUGGAGGAUGGACUUAACAGUGAUAUUCCAACAACUCUUCACAGGAGCAAAGCUGAUUGCCCUGUCCCAGAGGAAAUGGUCACUGUCAGCGUGGAUGGCUCUGUACUUGACAGGAUUGCCAAAAUCAUGUCAUACCUUAGACUUGGAUCAUCAGGGAAGGUCUUGAAGAAGAAGAAAAAGGAGAGGGAUACAAAAGGGAAGAAUAAUUUGGCAGGCGGUGUCCACAAUGAGGUAGUAAGACCUGCCCAAAGUGAUGGUUCUGUUCAGAAACACCGGUCAGAAAAGGAUAUGCCACCACCACCCCCACCACCACGAAAGAGCAACUUCAGUGAAAAGGAGAAACAUUCUGUCCCUGUUGCAAGAACAGAUGACGAUGACAUAUUUGUUGGAGAUGGAGUUGACUAUACUGUUCCUAACAAGGAAAUGAGCCAGAGCCCCAUCUCCGAAGAUAUGGAUGAAUCCCCACGUAUCCAUCAGAAUCAGUCCAAUUUGAAUGAACCUGUGUAUGGUCCUAUUCAACCAUCUGAACCUGCUCAAGCUUGGCAACAGCCAAUGGAUGGUUAUGAUGCUAUGCAAGCCCAAAUGGCAGCUGCUGGAUACCAAGGCGAGUGGUCAGGCUAUCAGUAUGCUGAACAGCAGCUGGCUUAUCCAGAACAGUACAUGCAACAGGGUACUCUGGGAUACGAUGUAUUAGUUGACCCAAAUAUAUCUCAGGAUCCAAGGUUGAUGACUCAAGCAGACAAGGAUAAGGGUCUAGGUUCUGUCUUCAAGCGUGAUGAUGACAGGCUUAAGCAGCUGAGGGAAAAAGAUGCGCGGGAGAAAGACCCAAAUUUUAUUUCAGAUAGUUACUCUGAGUGUUAUCCUGGUUAUCAGGGUUAUAAUCAAGAGAUUGCAGGGAGUGACGAUGAAGAUGAUUUGUCAAAGAUGGAUAUGGGUGGACGGGCGAAGGGCCGUCUUCACCGGUGGGACUUUGAGACGGAAGAGGAGUGGGCGAAAUACAACGAUCAGAAGGAAGCCAUGCCAAAGGCGGCAUUCCAGUUUGGGGUGAAGAUGCAAGAUGGCAGGAAGACCAGGAAGCAGAACAAGGAUCAGAAGCUCAGCAACGACCUCAACAAGAUCAACAAGAUCCUGGCGAGGAAGAAGGGCGAUAAAGACGGAGGCGAAGGACAUUACGACGAUGAUCUACCCAGCGGGAAGAAACAGCGAGCUUGAUCUAACCGGUCAUCCAUUGUUUUUUUUUUCGUCUGUCUUGUUGGAACUGUGAAAGGCCAUGCUUUUGUGAGCUGAAACCAUUAAGUCUGUAGCCUGUAGUUUCAUUUUUGAUGGACAUUAGUCUUGCAUGGCAUUCGUUGUAGAAUAUGUAAACCAGAUGGUCCCACCUACUCAGGUCAGGCAAAAGUACCAGACAUGACAUGAGAAGCCAUGUAAAAUUGUGGGAGACGAUUCUGAUCUGCUGGCUGAUACGCGGGAAA